AAACCACUUCAACCAUGAAUUAUUAUGAAUUUCAACAAAAUUGUUUGAAUUAUUCAUGUAAAUAAGAAUGUUUAAAAGUUACAAUUUAAUUUCACUUUUUAGUGAUACGAUCGUCUAUUGUUGUGUGAUUAGAUUUGGAUAAUAAUUAAGAGUUAGGGAGCAGUUUGUAUAUUUUAAAAUCAUAACGGUUUCAUUCAAUAUGGGUGAAGCUUAUUUCAAUUUAAAAAGAAAACUGGAAGAACUCGGAUAUAAUAGUACGUUACCCGUAGACGCCGUACCUUUGGUAGAAUGCAUACUUGCAGAUUUGCUCCAAACGACACGCAGUUUACAGCAUUACAUGGACCUUUCCAAAGAGGCCCUACUGCAGAGAGAUUCUUUGUUGAUGGAAGCAGAACCAUAUAAGUGUGACAAUGUUAGACUUAUACAAGAAAAUAACCAGCUACAUAGAGAAUUGAUGCAGCUAAAAGAGGAAAACCUAAAAGUAACCAGGGACAGUAGGAGAAAAAUAAAAGCUUUAACAGAUGAGCUUUCAAAAAAGGAAACUUUAAUUAGCAAGUUGCAACAUGAUAUACGGGACCUAAGUUUAAGAGGGUUGUGUGCGGAAACACUUAGCAGUCGCAAUAAGAGGAAGGAUGGAGGGGAUUAUCAAGUAUCAAAAAUUUGCAUAUGUAAUGAUGAGAAAACUGUAUUUGCUGACAAAGAUAUUUCAGAACUUAACAAAGUGAUUCAAUCAUUGCAAGAACGGAACAGUGAAUAUUUUGAUGAGAUUACACUGCUUAAAAAUCAAAUAGAACAUAGAGAUAGUGAAAUUAUUAGAUUAAACAAACUUUUAGAAGGUGGAAGACCUUUAGCAGCUUUAAGUAAGGACUUUUAUAAUGACCAACCUGAUGUAAAAAUACAAAAACUUAUCAAACAAGUCAAAGAACUUGAAAGAGCAAAUGAAAACAUGCAAAAGGAAAUUGAAAACAGUCUAGAAAAGCAGCAUGAAGCAAUGCUCCGUGCCUUGGGUUUAUCUGAUAAGAAUAAAACUUUACAGGAAGAGUUGCAUAAAGUUGAUAGAUUAGCAUUAAAAGUGGAAGAUGAUUGUAAUAAACGAUUAGCCUCUAUGAUGAAUGAAAUAAAUUUUUUGCAAACUAGAAUAGAGGGUUUAACUCUGAAGAAUUCUGAAUUAGAAAGAGAAUUGUCACAUAGAAGUUCUAAAGAGAACUCUGCUGAAAUUCAAAAACUUCGUGAAUCAUUAACUCUAACAUUAAAAGAAAAGGAUGUUCUACAGAAAGAAAUAAAAGAUUUAGUUGAACUUAACAAAAGCUUACAAGAUAAAAUACUUUGUUUGUCUGAAGUCAAUAAAAACUUUAACAUUAAAAUGAAAUCUGACAGUGAAAUUUCCAGAGAUAGUCCUAAGUGCCUUAUGAAAGAUGAAUUAAAAAAACUCUUUGAAGAUGAGAGAAGAAAAUAUGAGACUUAUAUAAUGAAUAUUCAGGAUAAAUUAAAUGAAACAAUGAACCUUUUUAAAAGUAAUACUAAUAAAGACAGUGGAAAACAAAUCAGUCCUAAAUUGUCUCCUAAUAAUGUUUUCAUUAGGGACUUACAUUCUAAAUUAUGUGAAAGUGAACAAAAGAUUCUUAUGUUGAAAAAAGAAAAUGAUGAAUUAAAGGCUAAAAUGUGUACCCAACAGGACUUCACAAGGAAUAAUUACAAAGAUAUAAUAAGUCACCUUAACACAGAGAACUCAGAAUUGUCAAAGGAAAACAUUUUGCUGAGUCAACGGUUGAGUCAAUUUAAAUCUCUAAACUUAAAUAAUGAUAGAGGUAACUUUUAUAAACAAGACUCUCAAAGACUUACUGCUAAAAUUGAAGAUAUGACCAAAGAAAUACAGUUGUUAAAAAAAGAUAAGCAAGAAUAUUAUUUACGAUAUAAAGAAGCAACAGAACUAGUAGAUAAGUUAAAAAGAGAUUUAAUAUAUAAACAAAAUGAAAUUGAGCAGUUGGAUGAGGAAAAUCGCUCUUAUAAAAUGACCAACAGAACUGGGAAGGCUUCUGCAGAACAACUUCGAGACGAAUGUAACUUCUUAAGGGAACAAAUAAAAAAACUUCAAACAGAUUACAUCAAUGAAAAAACUUUAGCUAAUCAAAUAAAAAAUAUACAGUUGGAAACUGAAAGAAAUAGUGUUGAGGUACAAAAUGAAUUUUUAACUACUCAGAAAAAACUAAGUUUAUCUAAGGAUACAAUUCAAAGCUUAGAACAAAAAUGUAAAGAUUUACAAUCGGAAAUACUAAAACUAAAGAAUGAUAAAGUAAAUUUAAUAGAUAAUAUCAAGGUAAUAGACAAAGAACGUGACAAAUUAGUUAUUGAAUUAGAUCACAAAACUGAACAAAUUGGAGUUUUAGAACAUAACAUUAAAUCACAGUCAUAUGAUAUAAAUAAGCUAGAAAAUGAAAUUGCUGACUUGAAGAGAAAACUUAAUUUAAAUAAAGUGUCUGAACACAAAGUUGUUGAUUAUGAAUCACAAAUUAAUUUCCUAAAUGGAGAAAUAUUAAGGAUAACUCAACAAUUGGAUACAGCCAUUAUUGAAAACAAACAUUUACAAAACAGUUUAGCAGAUGCUAAUGGUGCUUUAAAGCUGACAAAAAUUGAAUUAGAGAAAUCAAAGAGAGAUGUAGACGGUUUGAAACAGCAAUUGCAGCACUAUGUAGCAGAGAUUAGAAGAAUUGAGGAUCUGCUAUCCCAAAAAGAAGCUGAAAGGUCUGAUAUGCUUGAACAAUUUGCAAGUCUUUCUGUGGAAGCUAACAUAUUAGAGAAUACUAAUCAUUCUUUGGAAAGUGAAUCAGCUUCUAAAUCAAUACAGUUACAAUCAUAUGUGAAUAAAAUUCAGAGUUUGGAGGAAAAGCUUACGGAUAAAAACAGCAUAAUUGAAAGUCAAUCAGCUAGAAUCACAGCAAUGUCAUGUAAAAUUAGCCAAUUAGAAAAUGAAAUAAAGUUAAUUACAGAAGAAAAAGCCAUUCUUGAACAAAAUGUAUCAUACCUAAAACAAAUGUGCAGUAAUUUGCAAGCAAAUAAAAAUGCACUUGGAACAGAGAACUGUGAUUCAGAAUUGAAAUUAUAUGAAAACCGAAUCAAAACCCUUUCGAGUUCUAAAGCUAAACUGGAAUCAGAGAAAAAAGAACUAAAGGACAACUUAAGGACUACAGAAACAUUAUUAUCAAAUGCAAGAAGGGAAAUUGUGGAGUUGAAAUUGGCACUGCAAGAUGCCACAACUGAAACUAAGUCUUUACAUGAACAUCUCAGGUUAAACACUAGGAAUGAAGACAUUGAACAGAACAUUUUAUCACAGGAGAAAUUAGAACUUCCUCUUAUAUUAGGCGAAACAAUUGAAGAAUUAAGCCAUGAAGAUGAUGACAGUGACCACUACCGUCAUGAGCGCAGAAGUCAUUCAAAAUACAUACAUAGUAGUACACUUUAAGGUAUCUUAUUGAAAUGUUAAUUUUUAUGUGAAGUGCAAUUUAUUGAUGUUUAAAUGGCUGAUACAAUUUACAUUGAGUACUUUUUAAUAACUAAUCAUGUUGUUAUCAAUAUGAAAUUGUAACACAUCAAAAAUUGACUGUUACAAAGAACUGAUCCUUUUCCGCAAGUAAGAUUGAUAAAAAUGAUGGCCCUACAGUUAAAUCUGUUACAUUUUGUGUACAAUUAAAUUAACACCUAAACACAAAUUAUUUUUAUCACCAUAGUCAUGUAUAACUUUAUGGUUUCAAUAAAUGAAGUAAAAAUCAAAUAGGUUUGUAUAAAUAUAAAGGUUUAUUUAUGUUACUUUAGGACAAUUUAAAAAAUAUUAUUAUUGUAUCUUAUUUAUUGGCUUAAAAAUAAUAAAAGGAAACAAUUUCUAUAUUAAAA